UUUGACGUUUGAAUUAGGUUAACCCUUAUUUUCUUGAAAGAUAAUUUUACUAAACGAGUUAGUAUAUUUUUUUGGGGAAUGCUUCAAAACGAUUAGCCCGCAAAAAUGGCAUCAAAACCCUCAGUUGGCAUUCCGGCAAGCGAAGAAAUAGUCGACGAAAUUACCAAAGACCUAGAAAACACCCUUGAAAUCAACAAAGACUGCACAAAUCCGCUGGAUGCGGAGCAAAAGCCUGAAACCAAUUGCAUUCCAGAAGAUUUCGAGUCAUCUGAUGUUGAAGCUGCAGCAGCCUCAUUGCCCGACGACUAUGUUGAUGAAGACAAAUUGAAGGAACUAGAAUUAACUUUAAGUGAUGAAGAAAAGGUUGAACAGCACAAGAAAGCGCUGAACUUCAAAGCCGAAGGAAAUGAAGAGUUCAAGCAAGAACGAUAUGUGGAAUCGAUUGUUCUGUACACUAGUGGGCUGAGGAUUUGUCCCUUGGAGCUCCACUCGGAUAGAUCGGUUUUGUAUGCCAACCGGGCGGCAGCAAAAGCCAAAUUGGACCGAAAACUCAGUGCCAUUGAGGAUUGUACCAAAGCCAUAGACUUAAACAAUGCCUACCUAAAAGCGUACCUGAGAAGAGCGAAGCUCUAUGAAGAAGCAGACAAAUUAGAGGAAAGUCUAGCGGAUUAUAACAAAAUAAUUGAGCUGGAUCCUGGGAACAGAGACGCAAACGAGGCGAAAGUACGGCUACCUCCAAUUAUCAAUGAGAAAAACGAAAAACUCAAAGAAGAAAUGCUAGGCAAACUAAAGGAUCUGGGUAAUAUUGUUUUAAGACCAUUUGGACUAUCAACGGACAACUUCAAGCUCACUCAGGACCCAAAUACCGGCGGAUAUUCAGUCAAUUUUUCUCAAGGGGGCAAAUAAGACCUUCGAGCUCGGUUUACUGUUAAACAUGAGCUGUUCCAUACAUUCUAGCUAAUAUAUUUUUAAAUUAUUGCAUACAUAA